GCUCAGAGACAGAUGCUCGCACCCCUCGGGCGCCCUAUCCCGUAACUCUGACAGCCGCGGCCCGCACCAGGCUUUUUCCCUGCAGGCCCCGCCCUUUCCGGUGCGAUUAGCCAAUGAGCGGUGCCCUGCCGCGCUCGGGGAGGUGACUCAGCUCGGGGCCGUCAUGGCGGGUGUUGUGCCUGUGCUGCUGCCGCUCCUGCUCGCCGCCGCGGGCCCUGCGCUGUGCUGGGAUCAGCCGGGGAGGCUUCUGCUGAGGGACGUACAGGCGCUUACUCUCCACAGAGGUCAGUACACAACAUCUCGGCGAACAGCUGCGGUCCCUCAGUUACAGUGCACAGGAGGCACUGCUGGAUGUUCCCAUGUCCCUGAGGUUGUUCAGUGUUACAACAAAGGCUGGGAUGGCUAUGAUGUGCAGUGGCAGUGUAAAGCAGACUUGGAAAGUACGUACCGUUUUGGACAAAUCGAAGUGAACUGUGAAGGCUAUGAUUAUCCAGAUGAUCCUUACAUCUUAAGAGGCUCCUGCAGUUUGCUCUUCAGGCUAGAGCUGACUGAGGAAGGUGAAAGGAAAGUGAAGAACUCUGGAAGCUUUGGCUCUAACUACUACCAGCCGAGGAAGGAUUCUUCUGAUUCUGUUGGUGGAGCAAUCAUAAUAAUUGUUCUUCUGGUUCUUGCUUUUGGAGCAUACAAGCUCUUCCUCAGUAGUGAGCAGCCACAGCAGAGUUUUGGUGACAGUGGUGGAUUCACGAGGCCUUCCUGGCAGAGUCAGCAGGCACCUCCUCCUCCUGGUUUUAAGAACAGCUUCACAGGUAACGGCUUUGGGACUCACUCCAGCUAUGGAACCAGUUCAGGACCAGGAUUUUGGACUGGAUUAGGAGCAGGAGGCUUGCUGGGCUACUUGGCUGGCAGUCACAGAGCACAGCCGCGUUCCCCAUAUUAUGACAUGUGGACCCAUCCCACAGCUGCACCUCCAAUGAAUGGGCCAGCAAACAAUUCAACUCAAGACAGCAGUUCAGGAACAAGAACUGCUUCUGGCUUUGGGGGCACAAAACGAAGAUGAAAUCCUUGAUGUUGUUACCUUUGAGUGAUUAAACUAAAUCUUCCUGGUUACUAGUACAUUUUUUUUAUUAGUAGCAGGCUUCAGAAAUUAAUAUGAGAAAUGAAGGACUAGGCAAAGAAUUCAUCUUUUUCCCUGUGGAAAUGUGGACUCUAGGGUAUCACAGGUGCUGGAACAUCCGCUUUUUCAAAACAACAACUUCUCCUAAAAUACAAAAUGCUCACCCAAGUCAAGAAGUUAGUGAUGUUACAGUGCAUAUAUAUCUGUCUGUAACUAAGGAUUUGUGGUAAUGGUAGCCUUACCUGAUUUUCAAAACCAGUAGUUUGUUCAUCUUCUGGCUUCAAUUUCACUUAAUCCAGAAUUUCAGAAUUUUUUGUUUUUUCUUGGAAUUCCAGCAUCUGAAAGGCCUAGUGUAUAAUCCACAUGUUAUCUAAAGGGUGCUGCUCUUUGAAGCUACCUUAGUCUUUGUGAAAUUCAUCCAAAUGCUACUGUAAGUGCAGUCAGAUGCUCAGAUUAGUGUUCCGUCGUGGAAAAGAGCAGUAGUAGAGAGGCUAACGUUAAUAUAAUGUUUGUGUUUGUUCUGUGUGACUAUUGGAGACAAAAUUUGCAGACUGAAGAUUCUAUGGUUUAGGGUUUAUCCAAGUGGCUGGACAAACCUGAGGAGUUUGUUUAUAAAUUAUUUGAAAACUAAUAAAUAAGCUGAGAAAGAGGCAA